UUACAAACGGCGACUUGUGACUGGUAUGACUCGGCUCUGGGACCCAUUAUUAAGCAUUCACCCCGGCCAAGCCCUGCCCCUAAUGGCCCGUCGCCGUCUGUUGGGCCGGCAGCCCGACUCCAACGACGUCAUUUAUAACAGUGACUGACUGCCCUCCAUCCUCCUCUCCUCCAUCCUUCAUCCCAUCCCAUCCACUCCAACACCAUGGCAUCGAAACGCCUCGGAACUGUCCUCCCCCUCGGCGGCCAGCCGUGGCGCGGCGUCGGCCCCUUCGUGUACGCAAACCACCACGUCGACCGCUACCCCGUCGGCAACAAGCACCUCGGGCCCGACCCGGCCCUGCUAAAGGGCCGCAAGGUCGGCGACGAUUUCCACGACGCAAGCAAGUCGGGGUGGAACAUGUACAUGGCGACGGGGCCGGUUCCCGGCUUCCCGGCACACCCUCACCGCGGCUUUGAAACCAUCUCCAUUGUCCGCCAAGGCAUCAUCGACCACGCCGACUCGACUGGCGCUGGGGCACGCUACGGGCCCGGUGACGUGCAGUGGGUGACGGCUGGCAGCGGCGUGCGGCACUCGGAGAUGUUCCCGCUGCUCAACCAGGAUAAGCCCAACACUGCCGAGCUGUAUCAGCUCUGGCUCAACCUGCCGAAGAAGACCAAAUGGUCCCCGCCCGAGUUCACGAUGCAGUGGGCCGAGGAGGUGCCGAAAGUCACCCACAACGACGGCGGCAAGACGGUCGUGACGAUCGUGGCCGGCGAGUACGGGGGCAAGAAGGCGCUCGCGGCGCCGCGAGCAAGCUGGGCCUCAGAUCCCGACUCGGACCUCGCCAUCUUCCUGUUCGAGAUGGAGGCGGGCGCGAACGUGGUCCUCCCGCCGCCGGUCGGGGCAGACACCAAGCGCCUGCUGUACGUGCACGGCGAUGGGGCCAAGGUGCGUAUCGGCGCGGACGACGUGGCCACCGAGCACGGGUUCGAGCCGGCGUCCAACACGGCCCCGCUGCCUAUCCACGCCGAAACACCCUCCAAGAUUCUCGUGCUGCAGGCCCGCGAGAUCGACGAGCCCAUAGUCAUCAAGGGCCCGUUCGUCAUGAACACGCAGGACGAGAUCGCGCAAGCGUACAAGGACUACAAGGCGAACCAUUUCGGCUGGGACGAGCGCUGGAAGUCGACAAGCCCAAACUGGGGCCCGACCGAGACGCGCUUUGCCAACUAUGGCGAUGGCGUCAGGACGCGCCCGCCGUCGGCGUAGCGUUGCGACGACUCGUGUCGAAUGAGAAGAAGACUACAGUGUUGUACCCCUAGGUUACGCCAAACGAGACGUCUCAUCUACGCGCGGCGGCCGAAACGCAGCCCACACGGACCACUGACCACAGACACUGACCACAUGGCGCGUAGCAAUAGCGAUGCGUGGGGGGUCCGAGUCCUCGGGCAUGUGUCGCGGCACGAGCGGCG